AUGGCUGCGCCUUCAGCUGGCGCGACGGUAGAGCUUCACGACUAUCCGACGGACUUCACGACUCUACUUGAGGGGACUCGCAACAACGGAGUUACUUCAGUUGCUGUGGUGAAACCUGAAAUUGAGCCUGCGGUUUGCUUCAAACCAGUCAGGCUAGAGCUCCCAUAUCAGCGCAACUCACAAUCCAUGGUCAGACCUGGACGCCAUUUGUUCCGACAAGCAAGCUCCGCAGCAGAGCAACCCAGAUUUGAGCCGAGAUGGCAGGACUUGGCAAAACUGGAACUUGAAGAUCAGCUCGAAGAAGAUAUCCAGACAUCCCUAAACCUUCCCUCCCCUCUUGAGACAGGAUGGCAGGACCUGAGUCAUGUCGCGCAGUCAAUAAUCUUCAAGGAGCUCACAGAUCGAGGUGGCUCAUUCCAGUUGGCAUGUCGGAUGUUGCUGCUCUUCAGCGCACAAGUCGAGAAGUGGAUACGCAUUUAUCGCGCUGAACGCGACCAGAAGAUACGAUGGGACAUGAAGCUCGUUCAAUGGCAACUACAUGCCCCGGAAUCAUGGGAGAGCGACCUUUUGAGCGGUGGCCCUGUCGAGAUGCAGCUUUUGACGACUGGGGAAAUGUACAAGGCCGCCAAUUUCGUCAAAUCGUUUGGCUAUCAUCGCAUCGCUGAUCGUAUUAAGGCAUGGAGUCACAAAAAAGUUACCUGGCCUUUCACGAUUGAUAUCUCAUCAUAUCGUCCUCAUGAGAUUCAAGACGGCAACACCGGCAGCAUCAAUGCAGAUACCGACAUCCAAGAUAGCGCAACUCAUACAGACGAAUCUAAGGAUCAGGAUGAAGAAAAAGAAGAAGAAGAUCAAGAAGAGACCAGUGUCGACUCGGUGCGCGCAUUGUUCUCCAUCGGCCUGACAUGUCCACAGAUCAAAGUUAAAAACAGUAUUCGUCUGCUUACCAGCAUCCUGCCCCGUGGUACGGUCGUCAUUGGACCGAGUGGAAGACAAGUACUUUCUCAGGCAGGCGAGUAUCGUGUUUGCCCCCCGCGACAAUAUAACACACCAAUCGAAGCUGAAAGUCAGCUCGACUUUGUGACGGACGAUACCACCUGGACCUCAAUUUUCCACGAGGAAUACCCCACGCAGAUCAGUACAAAGACUGGCAUCAUCGACGAUAACCAUGAUCCUUUCGCUACUGAUAACAUUGACGACAAUGAACUUUACCCAUGCAACCUCCAAAAAGACAGCACAAAUGUUGCUAGUCAAGAUCACGCUGUGGCCACGACCGAUUAUCUCGUGGACAACGUUCCUGAAGGCAAUGAUGACCCAUUAGGGCACAGUCGAGAACUAGUCCAUAUAAGUCAUAAUAUGAAAAAUGAGUUAUACAUUGGCACCGGCUCUUCAGUGAAGAAGAGCUCGACAUCUGAAGCCGUCAUGGCGAGCACCCUGACUCGGCUGGCUGAUGCAAUGACGAUGUCAGAUUUCCCUUGGCAGGCAGAUCACGCAAAAGAAUUUCAAGUCUCUCAUUUGCCUGAUUCAGAUUUGUUUCGAGAUGCCAUAACAACUUACGAGUUGUCAUCGCCCCGAUUACCGACUCAGGUAAUACCUGUGAACAAAUGCAGCUCAGCAAAACAGGGCGACAGCACACUUUUCGACUUAAUUAAUGCUCACGCUAAUCGAAUGCACGUCAAUAAGCAACAAUCGCGCAAAGAUCCUUCAAACCAAAUGUUCUACGCACCGGUCAAACCCGAAAGUCUGCAAGCCACCAUUGCUGGAACUAAACCCGAGCUGAUGCUCCAAGAUGGAUUAUCUGCAGCGUUCCCAGAUACCAGUCCAGCUGAAAGGCGCCAGCGCCAAUGGGAUCAAAUAUUCCAUGCCUGGAGGCACCGAUUCGUUUUACUCAAUCCAGCGCGCAACAUCAAAGAUGCGCCAACGGUCGGACCUGAUGAAUUUGAACCGUACGUUCGUGAGGCCUUGCCUGAGGGCAGUCGACCUGACAACAACGUGGUCGGGCCUGUUGAAAAGAUCACAGUCCCUACUAUAGCUGACGACCAGUCUGACCUGGCUUUUAUGACGCUGCCCCUGCCACCCAACUAUGCUGUUGUGUCCCCUUCAGGAUACAUCAUGAAUUUUGAUACAGCACACCGCGGGCCAAUUGAUGGUAAGGCUCCGCUUGGUCGAGGAGGGAUUUAUUCCUUUCUCCUACCAGAAAUGGCUGAGCAUUUGCCCGAGCACUUCAAGCCAUCACUGCCUGACUGGAUCGGGUUCCGUAUUUUCCUUCCUCAGCAGACUGGCCUCGUUCUUGAUGGAAAAUGGCUGAGCCGCUGGGCCACGAUGGGUAUGCACCAAAUCGCUGAGAUCGAUGGUGAACUGGACCUGAUCAAUGAUGAUGGCCGCUAUCGUACGUUCAACCAAAUGGAAGCAAUCGGAACACCGAUCAAAAAGAAUGCCAGAGAUUCAGACCUGGCAAAUGCUGUCCUUCGAGAGGCCGACAGAAUUCUCAUUCCAUACAAGCGGCAGCUCCAACUUGACCAGGAGCGCGAAAGAGCUGAGGAAGAGAUGCAAGUCGAUACUGACCACAUAUCGUCAAAGAGAAUACAAGAUAAGCUUACGAAAAAACGUGAGACGGACCACCUCCGAAGGCUGGCUGCAGAUAAAAAGAAAGAGCGUCAAACUGCUAAAGAAGGGGGAGACCAACGAGAAGCUCGGCCUUUAGGACGCGGAAGUCGAGCAACGCGCCCGGCCGUCAACUAUGUAGACGACCUACUCGAUGAUAUUGUUUCUGAUGAUGCUACUAAUGAAGAAUUCUGGUUACAAGAUGAUCCUGAUGACGACGUAUUCGAGGUUCAAGGGCCGGAAGCAGAGAGCCUGAUUGUCGCGAUACGUACACCUCAGAGGAACUCUCAGACUGAAGCUCAGGCGGUCAAAUCCCUAUUUGCUACCGAGAGGUCUCGUCCCAUAAAGAAGGCUCGGAAGAUUGUUCCAAAGACCAACUUGCCCGGCGUCACAGCUCACACUAUCAAGGUAGCAGGUACAGAUGAGACCAGCAGUGAGGUGCCUCAGGGUCUUCGAGUCACUCAAUCCCUACCUUCCCAAUCCGGCCCCGAAUUUGCGCAAAGUUACCAACCCAGCGACGAGGAACCGAUCUACUCACAGCUUCCUGCUCUGGUGUCCAAAAGGUCGGCUAGUUUGAUCUCUGGCAUAAACAACGAAGGCGCCGCAUCCGAGAUGCCCGCGAAAAGGCGACGUGGGCGGCCUCGUAAAAAUGGCAGCGAGCUUGCCCGUCCGAGUAAGAAGCAGGGCACCCGUGUAUUAGGAACGGGAGCUUCAAGUUUGGCGCCUGCGCCUGAUCCGAAGGCCAUACAGAAGACCGUCACACCUGUCCCCGUACCGAAUUUUGUUCAACAGACAAAACUUCCUUCUUCGUGGUCUAUUGCUCCACCUGCUGAUAUGGACCAGCCGACCAAGGAAUCAUCUCAACUGGACUCGGCAGAUCUGUCGCAGAAGUUAGAUCCAAAGAUAAUUACCAAGCCAGCCAGCUCUGGUGGGCAGAAGUCUGCAAAAUUGCCGAGGGAUAUCACCAAGAAUCCUUUGAUGAACUCCGAUCCCCAGUCUGCUGCACUAAAACAGCACAGUUCUUCACCGGCAAAGGCUGCCGACCUCCCCGAGCAACCCACCGGAUCGAAACCAGCCGUUAAGAUCUUGCCUAAGCCGAAGUACGAACUUAAAUCCGCAAGAAAAGCCAACAGACGAGAAGAGUCUCUCUCGCCCAAGCGUGCGUCCACUUUUGUUUCACGAUCACUUAUGCAAGAAGAGCCCGAGGAAAAGAGGCAGCAAGCAAGCAAGCCAAAGACUGAGCGCAUUACCACGCCAGUUGCUGAGAGAACACCCGACCGAAACACCACUGUAUAUGAUAGCACAGCAGCAUUGUUGACUACUCCUGUAACCAGCCAGCAACCUAGUCGACCGUCGACUUUUUCUAGGUUUCAGACUCCUAAGUUGGAUUUCGCAUCAGUCAACUCUCCUAGCCCUUCUGGAGCACCCGAGUAUACUCACAAUCCCAUGAAAGCCACCCAUUCUCCUCUGAUCCGCAAGUCGUCAGCACUGAGCUUCCAUGCUUCUCUGCCGCCACGGCCACCACCAUCUAACCAUACCGCAGCGAUAACUGAUUUGGCGUCGCCUACAACGCCGAAGGGAACGCCGAGUGCAUAG